UCCCAUCCGGCACUCCAUGUAGAAACACCGCUCUGCUUCCUGUUUGAAAUCUGAACAGAGCAGAUAAGCUAAUCAAAAGUCUUUCUUUGACCCACAGAUGAUAAAAGUAACAGGAACACGGGAUAUAAAACAUGAUUCCGUACACGGUGAACAUCAAGCUGGCGGCCCGGACUCUGACCGGGACUCUGAACCUGCAGAAUAAGAGCGCCGUGGACUGGGGAUGGCAGGGCCUGAUCGCUCAGGGAUGUCACUCCAGUACAUCAGCGACAAAGACGUCUCAGACCAUCCAGGUGCUGGAGAAGCACAAAGCUAUCGUGGUCAAGGUGAAAUGGUCCAGAGACUACUACCACAACCUGAGCUCCCCGUACUGCCUGUCGGCUUCGGGAGACGCCUCGGGGAAGAUCAACGUGUGGGACGUGGUGAGCGGCACCGCCCACUGUGAGAUCCAGGAGCACUCCAAACCCAUCCAGGGUGAACUGGAGUGGUUGUGGAAUCAGGACGCGUCUCGGGAUCUGCUGCUGGCCGUCCAUCCUCCAAACUAUAGUGCUGUGGAACGGAGACGGGCAAAAGCUGGGAAGAAGAGUUACGCUGAGAACAUCCUGUCCUUCUCUUUCGACCCCUUCGACCCGUCCAACCAUGGGUUGAUGACCAGCGAAGGAAUCGUUCAUCACAGACUUCACUCACUCAAACCGCCCGGCAGCGCGGGUAAGAAGGUCUACAUCGCAAGUCCACGCAAGCCCGCCCACACCAAACCAGCGCCCGCUGCUGCUCCCGCCCACGGCGCUAAGAAGGCUCUGAACAAGGUCAAAGUGCUGAUCACCAACGAGAAACCCACUGCCGAGGCGGUGACGUUGAACGACUGCCUCCAGCUCUCCUACCUGCCGUCCAAGAGGAACCACAUGCUGCUGCUGUACCCCCGAGAGAUCCUGAUCCUGGACCUGGAGCUCAGCCAGACCGUGGGCGUGGUGGCCAUAGAGCGCUCGGGGGUCCCUUCAUUCAGUAACUCGUCCCUCUGUGUUCAGGUGAUUCCCUGCGCUCAGCGAGACGCUCUCUACUGUCUGCACGAGAACGGAUGCAUCACCCUCCGAGUGUGUCGCUCCACCACCACCUCCAGCGAGGAGGCAUCAGACCCGGAGCAGAGCAUCCACGAGCUCGUGUACGACCUUCGCUAUCAGUGCGACGCCAUCCGGAUCACAAAGACGGUACGGCCUUAUCGUAUGGUGAUCUGUCCGGUCAACGAGAACAACGCCGCGCUGAUGGUCAGCGACGGCCGAGCCAUGCUGUGGGAGCUCAAAGCUCACACGGGCAGGGCUGCUGCUAAUCCUAGCUCGGGUCUGUCGCCUCUCUACUCCCCCGUGGCGUUCUGUGGGACUCCGCUGGGUCCGAACCAGAAGAUGAUCCAGGAUCUGUCUCUGAACAGCAUGAUCGCUCAGACGCUGAUCGCCGGUGAGGCUCCUCCCCCUUCCUCCAACCAGCAGGAGGUGCAGCUGAAGUUCCUCCUGACCGGUCUGCUCUCCGGUCUGCCGCUGCCACCGUUCGCGCUCCGCAUGUGUCCUCCUCUGACCACCAAGAACAUCAACCACUACCAACCGCUGCUGGCUGUGGGAACCAGUAACGGCUCUGAAAGACACCCUUCAUCCUCCCCUCCUCUUCCUCUCCUUCACCUUCCUCUCCUUGUUUUCUCAGGCAGGUGUUUUGCAUUCAGAGGCGAACGAGGAAACGACGAGCCGCCCAUCGAGAUGAUUAAAGUGUCUCAUCUCAAGCAGUACCUGGUGGUUGUGUUCAGAGACAAACCUCUGGAGCUGUGGGACAUCAGGACGGGGACGCUGCUGCGAGAGAUGGCCAAGAACUUCCCCACUGUGACCGCACUGGAGUGGUCCCCGUCCCACAACCUGAAGAGUCUGAAGAAGAAGCAGAUGGCGGCGAGGGAGGCGAUGGCCCGGCAGACGGUGUCGGACGCCGAGCAGAGCAGCGUGGAGUCGUCAGUCAUCAGCCUCCUCCAGGACGCAGAGAGCAAAUCAGAGACCAGUCAGGCCAUCUCAGCCAGGGAGCACUUUGUCUUCACGGACACGGACGGGCAGGUGUACCACAUCACCGUGGAGGGCAACACGGUCAAAGACGGCGCACGAAUCCCCCCUGAUGGCAGCAUGGGCAGCAUCGCCUGCAUCGCCUGGAAAGGUGACACCCUGGUGCUCGGCGACGUGGACGGAAACCUCAACUUCUGGGACCUGAAAGCUCGUCUGUCCAGGGGGAUCCCGACUCAUCGAGGCUGGGUGAAGAAGAUCCGCUUCGCUCCGGGGAAGGGGAACCAGAAGCUGCUGGUGAUGUACACGGACGGAGCCGAGGUCUGGGACACCAAAGAGGUCCAGAUGGUCAGCAGCAUGCGGAUCGGUCGAAACGUGAACUACCGCAUCCUCGACAUCGACUGGUGCACGUCUGAUAAGGUGGUGCUGGCGUCCGAUGACGGCUGCAUCCGGGUCCUUGAGAUGGCCAUGAAGUCCGCCAGCUACCGCAUGGACGAGCAAGACCUGACAGAUCCGGUGUGGUGUCCGUACCUGCUGCUCCCUCGAGCCGCUCUCACUCUGAAGGCGUUCCUGCUGCUGCAGCCGUGGUCAGGAACCUUCACCAUGGACAUCACUCAGGUAGACUACAACGAGAAAGACGAGAUAAAAGGCCUGAUCCAGGAGCAGCUCAACUCUCUGUCAAAUGACAUGAAGAGUGUGUUACUGGACCCUGAGCUCAGCCUGCUGCAGCGCUGCCUCCUCGUCUCCCGGCUUUUCGGGGACGAGUCAGACCUUCACUUCUGGACCGUGGCGUCUCACUACCUGCAGUCCUUUGCUCAGGCCCGUCAACUGAGCGUGUCCUCUGCUGAGGGGCAGACCCAGACCGAGGGGACCCAGCCGCCUCCUCAGAACCACCUGGACAUCUGCAACGAUGUGCUGUGUGAGAGCUCCUACUUCCAGAAGUUCCAGCUGGAUCGAGUCCACCUGCAGGAGGUGAAGCGCUCCAGUUAUGAGCACACCAAGAAAUGUGCCGACCAGCUCCUCCUGCUGGGUCAGACGGAUCGGGCGGUGCAGCUGCUGCUGGAGACGAGCGCCGACAACACCAGCUACUACUGCGACUCUCUGAAGGCGUGCCUGGUGACCACCAUCACCUCGUCGGGACCGUCUCAGUCCACCAUCAAACUGGUCGCCACCAACAUGAUCGCCAACGGGAAGCUUGAAGAGGGAGUCCAGCUGCUCUGUUUGAUCGACAAGGCGGCCGACGCCUGCCGCUACCUGCAGACGUACGGGAAGUGGAACCGCGCCGCCUGGCUGGCCAAGGUGCGUCUCAGUCCGGCUGAGAGCUCAGACGUGCUGAAGCGGUGGGCGGAGCAUCUGUGCUCCCCGCAGGUGAACCAGAAGUCCAAAGCCAUCCUGGUGCUGCUCAGUCUGGGCUGCUUCUCUAAAGUGGGAGAGAUGCUACACAGUAUGAGACACUUUGAUCGUGCCGCCCUCUUCAUCGAGGCGUGUCUGAAGUUCGGCGUCAUGGAGGCCAACGAUUCGUCAAAUAAACUGAUCGAGGCCGCGUUCCUGGACUACGCCCGCCUGCUGCGCACUCUGGGUCUGAGGGAGGGCGCCGCUCUGUGGGCGUCCCGGGCCGGGAGCUCCGGAGAGACGCUGCUGGAGGAGCUGUUCCAGGGAGAGGGAGGGGGGACAGAGAACAUCAUGGGAAAAGAGGAGGCGGAGCUGAGUGAGGAGAGCAAUGAGUGAGGCGUUCAGGCGUCAGAAUCGUCUCCUUCGUGUAAAAAGAGAUUCUGAUCAUCGUCUCAUCGUGAGAGAGGAGAGACGAGGAGUUUGAUCCGUGUGAAGUUCUCGGUCCGUCACUGGAGUCUGUGCGUGUGUGUGUGACCAUUGGUGUGUGUGUGUGUACAUAUGUGUGUGUGUCACAGCCCCAAAACAAGCCCUCUUUAGUUGUGGUGAAGUGAAACUCAUGGUCGUGGUUUCGUUGGUUAUAGAUUUUGUAAUGGUUGCUUGUUGAGCUUUAUUUUUUUUGUGCCUGUGUUAAUAACUUUAGAGGAUUAUCGUAGUGACACGUUGAUUUGCCUUCACUGCAGAGAUUAAAUGUGGCACGAUGAAUUAUUCCCAAAGUGAUGCAUUCCUGAUUUUAUUUUGAUAUGCACUGUAAAGAUAGCCGCCCCACAUUCCUGCUCUUUGUUUUUAUUUUGCACUCCUGAUUUCACCAAAAAUAUAAAACAUGAAGGAAACAGAACAGGGCCCCAGAGGAACAGAAACAGAAGCUGUUCGGACCACUGACUGUAUAAAAAGAUAGAUGACGUCCCCCUGCUGUGCAAAAGUGAAGCCAAAAUACCCCAAAAGAGGCAUCAGGUACUUCCAGUCCACAGCUUCACAGCUUCUUGUGUGGGUUUGAAGCAGACACUCAUGGUUAUGGUGCGUUCAAUGACUCUUGUUUUAGUGUUUGUUACGUUUCCUCUCACCGUUCCUCCUCUACUCUGAUAAUACGGUGCACACAGCGCUGCAGGAGCCUCAUUGGUCGACAGAGCUGUCAAUCAUGGCCUUAAUAUGGAAGAGGGUUUGGGCCACCCUGUUCUCUAGGAAUUCUGCCUUAAAGAUCAGGCAGAGUUCUAGUAUUCUGACAUCAAAGAAGGGAUUCUAGAAUUCUAAGAUCAAAGAGAGUUCUAGAAUUCUAAGAUCAAAGAGAGUUCUAGAACUCUGACAUCAAAGGAGGGAUUCUAGAAUUCUAAGAUCAAAGAGAGUUCUAGAAUUCUGACAUCAAAGAAGGGAUUCUAGAAUUCUAAGAUCAAAGAGAGUUCUAGAAUUCUGACAUCAAAGAGAGUUCUAGAAUUCUGACAUCAAAGGAGGGAUUCUAGAAUUCUAAGAUCAAAGAGAGUUCUAGAAUUCUGACAUCAAAGGAGGGAUUCUAGAAUUCUAAGAUCAAAGAGAGUUCUAGAAUUCUGACAUCAAAGGAGGGAUUCUAGAAGUCUAAGAUCAAAGGCAGAGUUCUAGAAUUCUAAGAUCAAAGGAGCGAUUCAAGAGUUCUGACAUCAAAGGCAGAGUUCUAGAAUUCUGUCUUUGAUCUCAGAAUUCCGAGAGAAAAGUCAACAUUCUGAAGAAAAGUUGAAAUUGAAAGUUAAUUAGCCCCUCCCCUCUUUCCUGCUUCAUCCCUCUUUUUAUAUCAUCAAUAACUAACUCAAAGUAAACAGAAACAUGAACACUGAGACAUAAAUCAGUGCAAUAAGAACUCACUGUAAUGACAGAAACCAUGUUUGAGGAACGUUUAUUUGACCUGUGUUUGGAUUCUAGAGUCCCAUCUGUUAACAUAGAGGAGGCGGGGCUUAUGAACUAUACUGCAGGCAGCCACCAGAGGGAGCUCUACUUAUUUUGGCUUCACUUUAGACGAGCUGUCAUGUCGUCUAUCUUUAUUACAGUCUGUGCAGCUAAAUCGACGCUCGCUUGUUGUUCAUGAAGUCAUUGAAUUUUUAAUUUCCGUUCUCCUGAAGAGUCGAGAGAAACCGUCUCUGUGUUUGUGACGCUCGUUGAUCCUCCGGCGUGUGUUUCACGAGAUGAGUCGUCGAUACGUGUCUUAACUCUUUUAAAUGAAACAUUUACACAAAACAAAAUCAGUGCUGCUCCUCGCCCUCACACAGCCGACACACACUUUGAGAAUCAGUCGUCAGCUGUGUGUCUGCGUCUCUCCAUCAGACCCUGAAACCCUCCUGUGUGACUCUGAGACGAGUUCAGUCGUCCUUAAUGAGACAUUACCUCCACACGCAGGACUUUGUGUUAGAGCUGUUGCUUUUCAUGUUACGGUUAACCCUCUCUCAUCAUGGCAACACAGGUCUAUUUUAGGGGACUAAUGAUGCUCCGAGUCCCGCCUCCCAGCAGAUAAUCAGCUGUAGUUUGUUGCUGCUGUAUUAAAUCCUCCAUCAUGUCUGCAGAGCCGCUGCAGCCUCCUGUAGCUCCAGACUGAUCCUCUCUGCUGAUCUCUCUGUCCUCUGAAGCUCCAUGUUCUCUGUUCAUGUUUACACCGUGAUGAUGAUGAUGAUGAUGAUGAUGCUUUAAGCUAUAUGAAUAAAAGAUUAAAUGAUAUAUGUAUGUAUAUAUGGCAAUAAAAUCAAUAUCAUAA